GCAUCUUGCAACUUAGAAAAAACAAAACCUCAUCACUCCACGUUUCAAGCCCCCGCUUUUCUCUCUUUCUCUCGUUUCGUGCUUCGAGUGUCAAAGAGAAGAGACUGGGUGAGAUCUUAAAAGUGGUUUUCAUUUAUAGUUCAAAAACAGUCUGAGAAAUGUCGGUUGAUGAAGUAAACGACACCAAAGAGGAGAUCCAAGAGGAAGUUCCUCGAGAACUCUCCACAAGGAAAUUUUCACGGCAAAAGUUGAGAAGAUUUGAUUCCUUUGACAUUGAAUCCCGCACAAUUUCUGGUCAUCAUGGCCAUGGCACCAAGGAAAGUGUGGAGUGGGGAGUAAUAUUGCAACUAGCAUUCCAAAGCAUUGGAAUAGUAUACGGAGAUAUCGGCACAUCGCCUCUCUAUGUGUAUUCAAGCACUUUCUCAGAUGGUAUACAUCACGAAGAUGAUAUACUAGGGGUCCUUUCUUUGAUUUUAUACACUCUCACCUUGAUUCCUCUGAUCAAGUAUGUCUUCAUCGUCUUAAAGGCCAACGAUAACGGUGACGGAGGGACGUUUGCUCUUUACUCACUCAUAUGUCGAUAUGCGAGGGUGGGGUUACUACCCAGUCAACAAGCUGAGGAUUGUGAUGUGUCAAACUUUAAGCUUCAGUUGCCAAGCAAACGUUUAAUGAGGGCUUCAAUACUUAAAAAUAAGCUUGAAAACAGUCAGUUUGCCAAGUUCUUUCUAUUGUUCGCCACCAUGCUUGGUACUUCCAUGGUCAUUGGGGAUGGCGUCCUUACUCCUUGUAUCUCAGUUUUAUCAGCAGUGGGAGGCAUCAAGGAAGCUACAUCUAGCAUGACACAAGAUCGGAUAGUUUGGAUUUCAGUGGCCAUCUUGGUCUGCCUAUUCGCUGUUCAAAGAUUUGGAACUGACAAAGUUGGCUACAGCUUUGCUCCAAUUAUCAGUAUUUGGUUCGCACUCAUUGGUGGCAUUGGGGUCUAUAACUUCAUCAAAUAUGAUCCAUCGGUCAUUAAAGCUCUUAAUCCAGCAUACAUUGUCGGUUAUUUUGGAAGAAACAAGAAAAAUGCUUGGAUAUCCCUUGGUGGCACUGUCCUUGCCAUAACAGGAACCGAAGCUAUGUUUGCCGAUUUGGGUCAUUUCACAGUUCGGUCUAUACAACUGAGUAUGUGUUGUGUGACUUAUCCAGCACUCGUUUGUGCAUAUACUGGCCAAGCCUCUUGGCUUCGCAAGCACACUGAUCUUGUAGGCAAUACCUUCUUCAAGUCCACACCAGGUCCUUUGUAUUGGCCAAUGUUUGUGGUAGCUGUAUUGGCUUCAAUAAUAGCAAGUCAAGCUAUGAUUUCUGGGACCUUCUCUAUAAUACAACAAUCCCUUGCCUUGGGAUGUUUCCCUCGUGUGAAAAUCGUGCAUACAUCAACCAAAUAUGAGGGACAAGUUUACAUCCCAGAAGUAAAUUAUCUACUUAUGUUGGCUUGUGUUUGUGUUACUCUUGGUUUCAGGACAACUGAGAAAAUUGGCAAUGCCUACGGGAUUGCGGUGGUGUUUGUAAUGACACUCACAUCAAGUUUGCUGGUUCUCAUCAUGAUAAUGAUAUGGAAAUCUAACAUAAUAUUUGUUAUAUGCUUUGUCCUUAUCAUCUGCUCUGUGGAGUUUGUGUAUCUAAGUUCGGUCCUUUACAAAUUUGACCAAGGAGGGUACUUACCGCUAGCCUUUGCAGCUCUUCUUAUGACAAUAAUGUAUAUUUGGAACAAUGUGUAUAGAAGGAAGUACUAUUAUGAGCUUGACCACAAGAUUUCUCCUGAAAGGGUGAAGGAAAUAGCUGCUGAUACAAAUUUGUGUCGAAUUCCCGGAUUUGCUAUGUUUUACUCGGAGCUUGUUCAAGGAAUCCCACCAAUUUUCAAGCAUUAUGUGGCAAAUGUUCCUGCAUUACACUCAGUCCUUGUUUUCGUCUCUAUCAAAUCAUUACCAAUAAGCAAGGUUCCGCUAGAAGAACGGUUCCUUUUCCGUAGGGUUGAACCGAAGGAGCUUAAUGUAUUUCGUUGUAUUGCAAGAUAUGGGUACACUGAUGUGCACAAUGAGGAAGAGACGUUCGAGAGAAUAUUAGUUGAAAAACUAAAAGAGUUCAUAAGAGAUGAUUAUUGGCUACCUCAAACAGACGCUAAUCAUGUGGAGAAUGGUGAGGGGAAUGGAGAAUCUAUUGUUGUUCCUACUAAAGAAGAGAACGAAGGCAAUGAGGAAGUUAGAUUGGUUCAAAAACAACAAAAAGAGUCAGCACUGGAGAGAGAGAUUGAAAUAGUGGAUAAAGCCUUGCGUGCUGGUUCUGUUCACUUGAUUGGUGAGAGUGAGGUGGUUGCAGGAAAAGGAGCUGGUAUUGGUAAGAGGAUUAUGAUAGAUUAUGCUUACAAUUUCUUAAAGAAGAACUUGAGACAAAGUGAGAAAGUAUAUGGUAUUCCUCACAAGCGAAUGCUCAAAGUGGGAAUGACUUACGAGCUUUAGAAUACCAAGGGAAGAGAUUGGUCAACAAACUUGAAAAAAUUGGUAGCCAAGAUGUUUAUUAUGUGAAGAAGUUGAUAAUUCAUACAUCAUCAAAGAGAUCUUGCUAUAAUUGUAAAGUAGAUAUUCAACAACCGAGAAAUAUGUGCUCAUAAUUAAAUAAAAUGAAGUACUGUUUAUUUUGUUCA